UCAUUGCUGGGCUGUUGUGGUUGUAGGUUGCGUGCCUGGAUAAUCUCCUUGUGCUACUCCUGCAGGAUAUCUGACAGCGCUCCUGUAGAGGAUCCACCAUGCUACUCGUCACUUUAGUCUCGCUCUUUUCGAUGACGUCCGCGCAAACCUUCUCCCUUGGCAUUGGUUUGGGAGCUAGUGACGUCAUUCCCGCUUUUGACUCUCAACGUUCCGCAUCGGCAUCCACUUCUUCGCAAAAUCCCAACCCAUUUACAGCAACCUUCAGCAACCAACCAUCGACUCGAAUUCGAGGAUCUUCGCCUGCCAAUUUCGAAGACUUUUUUUCGUCGUCGCGGGUUGCCACUCCUCAGUCGUCGUCUGCUAGGAGUCGAUCUUCCACAUCAGCAUCGCCAUCUGGCAGCGUUUCCGCGCGGCCUGCACCUUUACGUGAAGCACCAGCUCCCAACCCGAUAAUCACAUCUCGAGGGGCUCCUAUUGCACCAUCUGUGACUCCCGCUAGAACAGUUCCUGCAAGAGAGCCAGGGAGACCUCAAGCUUCUCAAAUAGAAAUCCCUAGCGACGCUAGAGAAACCAGUAGAGCAGCGACUCCCAGGCCGCAGGCCACGGUACCAAUCCGUAACAGAGGAAGUCCGCCCCAGGGAGACGAGACUGUCAAGGCAAGCUUCGACGUGAGCUCCAGGGGGCGUGAACAGGACUUGGUUCCACGGGACCCUAUCACCAGGCCUCCCUCCACCACCACUGAGACCAACGAAGUAUUUGAUGUGAGAGACAACUUGGUCGGCCAGAGCAUCUGCGCUCGCGGCGUCAACGGCGACGCCUGUCGUAAGCAUCUCGCCACCACCGCUAUGUCCUGCACUUCAGGUUUCUGCCACGAGUGUCAGCAGUGCGGUAACAUGUCGCCGGACCUGUGGCCCAAGUGUUGUCGGGAACAUUACUUGUGCUGUCGACCUCUAGCCCGAGCAUGCCAGGCUUGUGACCAGCCUGCACUCCAGCCCUUCUGCGGCGCCGCUUUCGGCAGGUGCAACUGAGAUCUACGUUAUUUAAACAUUUUUUGUCCUGCAAGAGAAAAUGAGAUGUACGUCUGCUCAACGUUUUUGGCCAGAAAAUGCAACUGAAAUCAGAGUUUGAAAACGUUUUUGAUCGGCAAAUGUUACUAAGAUCUACGUCUGCUUGACGUUUUUGGCCGGCAAUUGCUAUUGAGAUCUACUUCUGCUAAAUUUUUUAUGUCUGGUUGUACUGAAACUUUUUUACAAAUAUUAGAUAAAUGCUACAAUCACCUUGGCAAAUACAGUCACCUUGAUAUUCUAGAUGUACCCUAAAAAACCAAGCCUUUGAUGUGCGAGCUGCACACAACCAAGCCUUUGAUGUGCAAGCUGUGCAUGACCAAGCCUUUGAUGUGCAAGCUGCACACAACCAAGCCUUUGAUGUGCAAGCUGCACACAACCAAGUCUUUGAUGUGCAAGCUGUGCAUGACCGAGCCUUUGAUGUGCGAGCUGUACAUGACCAAGUCUUUGAUGUUAUUUGGGUUUUUCGUUGUAAAGACGACAUGUUUUAUGCUUCAUUGUUAACAAUCUUUGAGCUUUAUUACAUCAAAGUAGCUUGAAUUAGAGAGAAGUAAUCUCAUGACUUGGUUUAUGUUUUGGAUCUUGGAGUAGUUGUUUGAAUUUAAAUCUUUUGUAUUCUGAGAGUAUGAGUGUGAUUAUAAAAAUUUUUGACCAAGUAUUACAAAAGAAAAUGCUAAGUAUAUGUAGCAUAAUUCACUGAAAACAUUCAAGUAUACAUACAUGUAUACUCGAUCAAAAUUCAUACGGCGAAGAUUAAAACCUAAAUAACAAAUAGGUUAGCAAAGUAACAUUGUGGUUAAAUCAAUUAUCUAUUAACAAUUUAAGCGGAUAUAAACUGUAUGCGAUGCUAGGAUGACUUCCUGGAAUUUAUUUGCAAUCAAAAUAUUUUUAAUAUGCGAUUUAGGAAAAUAAUGAUAUAAUUAAUUGUUUUAAUUUUUUGAACAAUAAAGUCAUGACGGUAGAGUAUGAACAUACGGCGCAAGCGCACGACGAUGUUAUUUAACCCUAAAGCGUAUAGCUGUACGUACUUUCUAUGUCGCCUCUCAAAAUGCCGUUUUUUGGUUAUCAACGAAGCUUAUUCGUGCAAUUGGACAAAUAUGUCACAUUUAAUUUCUGCCUGCGCUAUGACCAGGUGGACAUAUAUGUCACCUGUCAAAUUUGUUCAAAUAAUAAAUUUUAUCAAUAAUGUAUGGAUGCAAAGUGGUGUUAUGAUCUCGCACGAAAAUUGGCCGCUAAAGGGUUAAAUUUGUGUAAUAAUUAAAACCCAGUUAUCUUUUGGUCAGAAAACAGCUUAAUACGUUUGUCAUGUUGGAGUGCAAUGCACUUGACAUUUAACAUGUUUGCAGUUGAAAACAAAUCAGCGACCAAUAACUAAAACUAAAAUAAAUAACUAAAAUAACUUGGUUCGGCUUCUUAUAUAUGCUAUUCUCGGGCUGCUACUAAUAAUUGUCUGAUUCGGCGAAAUAUUUUGAGUAUACGUUUCAAUAUCGCCUUAGAUUUAUAUGGAGAUUUAAUUGACAAUUAAUUAAAAUGUUUACUCGCUGAAGGGUAAUAAUUAUGGUUUAUUCGUGUAUUAUCCAUCGAGAUCCUAUAAUGUCACUCUAAUCAUGUAUUCUAUUCGACUGAAAGCAGCGAUCAUUUAAUCGUCGCUUGGCAUGUCAAGCCUUGUGGACGCUUGAUCGUGAUUCGCGAUGGUUCUUUAGUGAUAAGAUAUCAGGAGCAUGUCAGAGCAUCUUGUGAUACGUAGGUGAUAAGCUACAUACUUCUGACAAGCACACAGAAAAUUCAGAAGGGUUGAUGUUAUUUAAUAACUUGAGUUUAGAGGUGCUAUUGUGAAUAAAUUGUUGUAUAUCCAAUCGAAUGUAUGGCGACUCCUCGAGAUCAUAAUAAGUAAAUAUUAAAACGAACAUCA